CUCCCGUCUGCUCCAAUGGGGCGGGGGCCGCCCGCAGGGCCGGGCGGGGCUGUGCUGCCAUCUGGAGCCACUGCUGCCGGCGGCCACUGUCAGGGAGCAAGCGGCGGGAGCGCACGCAGUGCUGGAAGGAGUACAGUCGCCGCCUUCGCCGGCGCUGCGGCGGCACAUGGGCCGGCCUCGCCGCUGCCGCCGCCGCCCCUAGCCCCGGCGGCUGGGGUCUUACAGCCUCCCGCGGCUCCGGCCACAAGACCGGCCAUGUCUCUCGGAGGAGCCACCGAGCGCAGCGUCCCAGCCACCAAGAUUGAAAUUACCGUGUCCUGCCGGAAUCUGCUAGACCUCGACACCUUCUCCAAGUCCGACCCCAUGGUGGUGCUUUACACCCAGACUCGGGCCAGCCAGGAGUGGCGGGAGUUCGGACGGACCGAGGUGAUUGACAACACACUGAAUCCAGACUUCGUGCGCAAAUUCGUCCUCGACUAUUUCUUUGAAGAAAAGCAAAAUCUGCGCUUCGAUGUGUACAACGUCGAUUCCAAAACCAACAUCUCCAAACCGGAUUUCCUGGGACAAGCGUUCCUGGCUCUAGGAGAAGUGAUCGGAGGCCAGGGCAGCCGCGUAGAGCGACCCCUCACGGGUGUACCGGGCAAGAAGUGUGGGACCAUACUGCUGACUGCAGAGGAGCUUAGCAAUUGUCGGGACAUUGCCACCAUGCAGUUGUGUGCAAACAAGCUGGACAAGAAGGACUUCUUUGGGAAAUCAGACCCCUUUCUUGUGUUCUACAGGAGCAAUGAAGAUGGCACGUUCACCAUCUGCCACAAGACGGAGGUUGUGAAGAACACGCUGAAUCCUGUGUGGCAGCCCUUCAGCAUCCCCGUGCGGGCCCUGUGCAACGGAGACUAUGACAGAACAGUGAAGAUUGAUGUGUAUGAUUGGGACCGAGAUGGAAGCCAUGAUUUCAUUGGUGAGUUCACCACGAGCUACCGGGAGCUGAGCAAGGCCCAGAACCAGUUCACGGUAUAUGAGGUACUCAACCCUCGGAAAAAAUGUAAGAAGAAGAAAUAUGUCAACUCGGGAACAGUGACGCUGCUCUCCUUCUCUGUGGACUCUGAAUUCACUUUUGUCGAUUACAUCAAGGGAGGGACCCAGCUCAACUUCACGGUGGCUAUUGACUUCACGGCUUCCAAUGGGAAUCCCCUGCAGCCUACCUCCCUGCACUACAUGAGUCCCUACCAGCUCAGCGCCUAUGCCAUGGCCCUCAAGGCAGUGGGAGAGAUCAUCCAGGACUAUGACAGUGACAAGCUCUUCCCAGCCUAUGGCUUUGGGGCCAAGCUGCCCCCAGAGGGACGGAUCUCUCACCAGUUCCCCCUGAAUAACAAUGAUGAGGACCCCAACUGUGCGGGCAUCGAGGGCGUGCUGGAGAGCUAUUUCCAGAGCCUGCGCACUGUGCAGCUCUAUGGGCCCACCUACUUUGCUCCUGUCAUCAAUCAGGUGGCCAGGGCUGCAGCCAAGAUCUCUGAUGGUUCCCAGUACUAUGUUCUGCUCAUCAUCACUGAUGGGGUCAUCUCUGACAUGACACAGACCAAAGAGGCCAUCGUCAGCGCCUCCUCGCUGCCCAUGUCUAUCAUUAUUGUGGGUGUGGGACCAGCCAUGUUUGAGGCAAUGGAAGAGUUGGAUGGCGAUGAUGUGCGUGUGUCCUCCAGGGGACGCUAUGCAGAGCGGGACAUUGUCCAGUUUGUCCCAUUCCGAGACUAUGUUGACCGAUCGGGCAACCAGGUACUGAGUAUGGCCAGACUGGCCAAGGAUGUACUGGCUGAGAUCCCGGAGCAGCUGCUGUCCUAUAUGCGUACCAGGGACAUCCAGCCUCGACCCCCACCCCCUGCUAACUCCAGCCCGACCCCAGCUCCAGAACAGCCCUGAGGAGUCCACAUAUCCAAUGUCUAGCAGUCUGCUUGCCUGUCACCUACUGCGGAAAGCCAGAGGCACCUGGAGCCUUGGAGCCCUGGACUUCCUUGGGACUGCCAACUAAGUGAAUCAGCGCUGGUGGAAGAGCCCUUCACCCCUUCAACUGAAGAAGGGCCUGGCACUAUCACCACCUGCCUGACUUCUGCCAGUAAUAAAUAUGAUC